AUGAUGCACGCGCUGUCACGCACCGGCCUGUGGCCAGCAGAACCGAAGGAUGGCCAGCGCCUCGCAAGGCCUACGCCAAAGCCUUCCCUUCCUGUGCCAUCUCCCAAGCUGCGCAACAGUUCCGCAAAGCCAUUGCGAUUUGACAAGGCGCGAUUUUACCUGCAGCUUGCUGCCGGACUGACAUCGGACCUGGAGAUGGAGAUGGGGCUGAAGACCACCAACCAGGUGCAGCUGGGUUGUUCGCUCUUCCGGGCAGCGGCGGCGGGCGAUGCUGCACAGGUUCGGCGGCUGCUCGAUGAGGGCGCAGAUCCAUUGCAACGUCACGCAGCCGGCCAAUUACCCCUGCACGUUGCCAGAAACCCUGCUGUUGUCUCUGAGCUCAUGGCAGCCUGCCCGGCAGCAUCUGCUGUGAGGACUUUCACAGGUCAGACGCCCGGUGAGCGCUACAUUGCCCUCUUAGAUUCGGAGCACAGACAUCAGGUGCAGGACCUGCUGCUCGCCUUGGCGUCUCCAGCAGCCCUGGGAAGCUACCUGCUGCUCCGAGCGGGCAGAAGCUUGCUGGGCUUGAUGGAGCCCUGGUUGGCGCGGGCCGUGCUAGAGCGCGCUUGCGGCCCAGUAUCUUUCCUCCCAACAGGUGAGGAGGCAUCCCAAGUGCUGAGUAAGGAGCCGCUGUCCUUGUGGGAGCUACAGAAGCUCUGGCAGCGCCUCCCUCGAGGCUUUGAGGCACCAGUGCUCCGACACCUGCUCCUCGAGGCCAGCCAGCUCUCUGCAUCUGCAGCGGCCACGCAGCUACAGCAUGCCUUGGAGCGCGUCUUGCGAGGCCUCUGCUCCCAGGAGAUUCUGAAGCGCGCAGAGCUGGCCGAGCUAUCACAUGGUCUCAUGGAGGUGCUGGCGUCCUUGCCAAGUUGUCCGAAGUGGAGCUUGGCAACGCUGGUGGUGGAGCUCUGUAUCGACAUGAACAAGGUGGAACCCACAGCCUUCUCCGCGUUGCUUGGGAUGUUGCCCAACUGCACCAGCUCCUCUCAGAAUGAUGUCUUCUGGCCUCAGCGCGAUGCCCUCGCGUGGCUGCUGCUCGGCUUCCCAACGUCGCCCGUGCCCAGUUUGGCACGGCUGGAGCGCCUGGAGCGCCUGGAGGCCAAGGAGACCAUGCGGCCCGAUGAAGAGGACCUUCGCUCCGCAGCGCUGGCCCUGGAAGCUUCCAAGCUGGAGGGCUGCAGGUCCGUGCCCGAGGAGCUAGUUCUGGCGGUGCAGUCGGUGCGUCGGAGCGCAAUGCAGGGGGUUGAGCCGCUGCGAGCCGCCCUGGCAUGGGUCCGUUGUGCGAGACUCUGGCAGAGAAGUGUCCUGGCCGAGGACGAGGUGCAAAGAAGUGUGCGCCGCCUGCUCAGACUUCACCAGGAUUCCUCAAUCCAAUUUCGUUGCCACAGGGUGCAAAGCUACUCGGAAGCUUGGCAGAAGGCGUUAGCUGCCUGGCCUCGGGCGAUCCAGUGCAAUCACCCGGGACUGCUUGUCUGGGACCUUCUUGUAACGGAGGUGGUCUUGCCCAGCGCCGUGUCCCUGCGUGCCAUGCAUGAAUCUUUGCAAAGCUUCGAAUGGGCUUUGCAUGGUGCGGAAGUCUUGUGGACAGCCAAUAACUUUGACCUCGCCGGAGGCGAUCUGCAAGGCUUUGCCCUGGGAGUCCCCUGCCUGAGGGAGAUCCUGCUCUUGCAAACCAGCCAUGGACCCAUCCUGGUAGAUGUCCGUCUGCUGCUGCUGGUUGAGCCAAGCCGUGCAAGUGCUCUGCGAGUUCUGGGAGAGCUGCUGAGCGGCAAGUUCGAGACGCCCCAGCGGCGGGCUCUGUGGGCACAGCUCAUCCGGCUUCUGCUUGCCGAUGCCGCGGGCGACCUGCAGGCAUUGCUCGAUGCACGUAAGGCUCUGAACGAGGCGGACUUUCUCGCAUAUGCUGGACAGCCAAUUCUGCAAAAACUGCAGGAGAUCUCUCGAAAGCAUCAGAAGAUGAGGGACCAGGAGCGCGAAGGACAAGAUCUUGCGGCCGACUUAGCUGAUCGGGCAGCUUUGGCAGCAAAGUUCUUGGAUCGCCUGGCCUCAGCUUCGGCCCUGUUCGAUGCUUGUUUGCCACCCAGGCCUCCUGGGGCUGGCAUGGCUCCGCAGGAGAGUGCCGGAUGUGAAGUCGAUCAGGGUGUGCCACCUUCCUUCGAUGGCACAUUGCUGGAGCGCUACCUGUUCGCCAAGGCCUCCCCGGCGGCCCCCGCCUUUGGCCUGGACGUCACGGAGCUGGCCCAGCACCGGCUGCAGGCUCUUCAACCGGCACAGGCUGUUUGA